AUGGCUCAAAGUCAAAAAAACAAUAUAUUAAAUUUAGAAUCUUCAAUUUCUAUGGGAAUUGAAAGAUGAUUCUUAUCAACAAAUGCUAAAGAUAUAGGUACUUUAUACUUAAUUUUUGCUUUAUUCUCAGGGUUAUUAGGUACAGCUUUUUCUGUUUUAAUUAGAUUAGAAUUAAGCGGUCCAGGUGUUCAAUAUAUCUCAGAUAACCAAUUAUAUAAUAGUAUUAUUACAGCUCAUGCUAUAUUAAUGAUAUUCUUUAUGGUUAUGCCUGCCUUAAUCGGAGGUUUUGGUAAUUUCUUAAUGCCUUUAAUGGUAGGUGGGCCUGAUAUGGCUUUCCCUAGAUUAAAUAAUAUCAGUUUCUGAUUAUUACCUCCUUCUUUAUUAUUAUUAGUAUUUUCUGCAUGUAUAGAAGGUGGAGCUGGAACAGGUUGAACAGUUUACCCUCCUUUAUCAGGAUUACAAAGUCAUAGUGGUCCAAGUGUAGAUUUAGCUAUUUUUGCUUUACAUUUAUCAGGGGUAAGUAGUUUAUUAGGUGCUGUAAAUUUCAUAACUACAAUAGUUAAUAUGAGAACACCUGGUAUAAGAUUACAUAAAUUAGCUUUAUUUGGAUGAGCUGUAGUUAUUACAGCUGUAUUAUUAUUAUUAUCUUUACCUGUAUUAGCUGGUGCUAUUACAAUGUUAUUAACAGAUAGAAAUUUUAAUACUUCAUUCUUUGAAACAGCUGGUGGAGGUGAUCCUAUUUUAUUCCAACAUUUAUUCUGAUUUUUUGGACAUCCUGAAGUUUAUAUUUUAAUCGUGCCUGCUUUUGGUAUAAUAAGUACAACUAUCUCAGCUAGUUCAAAUAAAUCUAUAUUUGGAUAUAUAGGAAUGGUAUAUGCUAUGAUGUCUAUCGGAAUCUUAGGAUUUAUCGUUUGAAGCCACCAUAUGUAUACUGUUGGAUUAGACGUAGAUACUAGAGCUUACUUUACAGCUGCUACUUUAAUUAUUGCUGUACCUACAGGAAUUAAAAUAUUCUCUUGAUUAGCUACAUGUUAUGGAGGUUCUAUUAAAUUAACACCUUCUAUGUUAUUUGCUUUAGGUUUUGUAUUUAUGUUUACAAUAGGAGGAUUAAGUGGUGUAGUUUAGCUAACGCUUCACUUGAUAUUGCUUUCCACGAUACUUACUAUGUAGUUGCUCAUUUCCAUUAUGUUUUAAGUAUGGGAGCUGUAUUCGCUAUGUUUAGUGCAUGAUACUUCUGAGUACCUAAAAUCUUAGGUUUAAACUAUAACAUACUAUUAUCUAAAAUCCAAUUCUGAGUUUUAUUUAUAGGAGUUAAUGUAACAUUCUUCCCACAACAUUUCUUAGGAUUACAAGGAAUGCCUAGAAGAAUAAGUGACUACCCUGACGCUUACGCAGGUUGAAACUUAAUAAGUAGUUUUGGAUCUAUAAUUAGUGUUGUAGCUGCUUGAUUAUUCUUAUACAUUGUAUACCUACAAUUAGUUGAAGGAAAACCUGCAAGCAGAAAUCCUUGAAUGAGUGUAGAAUUCUAUACAGAUACUUUACAAGCUUUAUUAAAUAGAAGUUCAUUAAGUUUAGAAUGAGCUUUAACUAGUCCACCUAAACCUCACGCUUUUGUAAGUUUACCUUUACAAAGUAGUAUAUUAGGGUCU